CGCCGGGCAGCGCUUUGGCGGCGGCGGCAGUGGCGGCAGCGAAGGCGGCGGCGGCGGCAGCGGCAGCGGCAGCGGCUGCUGCAGCCCCACACUCAGCCGCCAAACUGGAGGAGCGACGGAAGCCGGACCCCAGGAGGAUGGAGGAUGAAGCUGUCCUGGACAGAGGUGCUUCCUUCCUUAAGCAUGUGUGUGAUGAAGAAGAAGUAGAAGGCCACCACACCAUCUACAUCGGGGUCCAUGUGCCAAAGAGCUACAGGAGAAGGAGACGUCACAAGAGGAAGACGGGGCACAGAGAAAAGAAGGAGAAGGAGAGAAUCUCAGAGAACUACUCUGACAAGUCGGAUGUGGAGAACGCAGAUGAGUCCAGCAGCAGCAUCCUGAAGCCUCUCAUCUCUCCUGCCGCAGAACGCAUCCGAUUCAUCUUGGGCGAGGAGGAUGACAGCCCAGCACCCCCUCAGCUCUUCACUGAACUGGAUGAGCUGCUGGCCGUGGACGGGCAGGAGAUGGAGUGGAAGGAGACAGCGAGGUGGAUUAAGUUUGAAGAAAAAGUGGAACAGGGUGGGGAGAGAUGGAGCAAGCCCCACGUGGCCACCUUGUCCCUGCACAGCCUGUUUGAGCUGAGGACCUGCAUGGAGAAGGGCUCCAUCAUGCUGGACAGGGAGGCUGCGUCUCUGCCACAGUUGGUGGAGAUGAUUGUUGACCAUCAGAUUGAGACAGGCCUGUUGAAACCCGACCUUAAGGAUAAGGUGACCUAUACUUUGCUCCGGAAGCACCGGCAUCAAACCAAGAAGUCCAACCUCCGCUCCCUGGCUGACAUUGGGAAGACAGUCUCCAGUGCAAGUAGGAUGUUUACCAACCCUGAUAAUGGUAGCCCCGCCAUGACUCACAGGAAUCUGACUUCUUCCAGUCUGAAUGACAUUUCUGAUAAACCGGAGAAAGACCAGCUGAAGAAUAAGUUCAUGAAAAAACUACCCCGAGAUGCAGAAGCCUCCAACGUGCUGGUCGGCGAGGUCGACUUCUUGGAUUCUCCUUUCAUUGCCUUUGUUCGGCUGCAGCAGGCGGUCAUGCUGGGUGCCCUGACUGAGGUCCCUGUGCCCACACGGUUCUUGUUCAUUCUCUUAGGUCCUAAGGGGAAAGCCAAGUCCUACCAUGAGAUUGGCAGAGCCAUUGCCACCUUGAUGUCUGACGAGGUGUUCCAUGACAUUGCUUAUAAAGCAAAAGACAGGCAGGACCUGAUCGCUGGCAUUGAUGAGUUCCUGGAUGAAGUCAUUGUCCUUCCGCCUGGGGAAUGGGAUCCAGCGAUCAGGAUAGAGCCUCCGAAGAGCCUUCCAUCGUCUGACAAGAGAAAGAAUCUGUACUCAGGUGGAGAGAAUGUUCAGAUGAACGGGGACACGCCCCAUGAUGGCGGCCACGGAGGAGGAGGACACGCGGAUUGUGAGGAAUUGCAGCGAACCGGAAGGUUCUGUGGUGGACUAAUUAAGGACAUUAAGAGGAAAGCACCAUUUUUUGCCAGUGAUUUUUAUGAUGCUUUAAAUAUUCAGGCUCUUUCAGCAAUUCUCUUCAUUUAUCUGGCGACUGUAACUAAUGCCAUCACUUUUGGAGGACUGCUUGGGGAUGCCACUGACAACAUGCAGGGCGUGUUGGAGAGUUUCCUGGGCACUGCUGUCUCUGGAGCUGUCUUCUGCCUGUUUGCUGGCCAGCCACUCACGAUUUUGAGCAGCACAGGACCCGUUCUCGUUUUUGAGAGACUUCUGUUUAAUUUCAGCAAGGACCAUAAUUUUGACUAUUUGGAGUUUCGCCUUUGGAUUGGCCUGUGGUCAGCCUUCCUGUGCUUCAUUUUGGUGGCCACCGACGCCAGCUUCUUGGUUCAGUAUUUCACGCGCUUCACCGAAGAGGGCUUCUCCUCUCUGAUUAGCUUCAUCUUUAUCUACGAUGCUUUCAAGAAGAUGAUCAAGCUAGCUGAUUACUACCCCAUCAACUCCAACUUCAAAGUGGGCUACAACACUCAAUUUUCCUGUGUUUGUAUGCCGCCGGACCCAGUUAAUAUUUCAGUAUCUAAUGAUACCAUAUUGGCUCCUGAGGAUUUGCCAACUAUUUCUUCUACUGGCAUGUACCAUAACACUACCUUUGACUGGGCACUUUUGUCGAAGAAGGAGUGUUUGAAAUAUGGAGGAAAGCUCGUGGGGAACAACUGUGAUUUUGUUCCUGAUAUCACACUCAUGUCUUUCAUCCUCUUCUUGGGCACCUACACCUCUUCUAUGGCUCUGAAAAAAUUCAAAACUAGUCGCUAUUUUCCAACCAUGGCAAGAAAACUGAUCAGUGACUUUGCCAUUAUCUUGUCCAUUCUCAUCUUCUGUGUAAUAGAUGCCCUGGUAGGUGUGGAUACUCCAAAGCUAAUUGUGCCAAGUGAGUUCAAGCCAACAAGUCCAAAUCGAGGAUGGUUUGUUCCACCAUUUGGAGGAAACCCCUGGUGGGUGUACCUUGCAGCUGCUAUCCCUGCUUUGUUGGUCACCAUUCUGAUUUUCAUGGACCAGCAAAUCACAGCUGUGAUUGUAAACAGGAAAGAACAUAAACUCAAGAAAGGAGCUGGGUAUCACCUGGAUCUCUUUUGGGUGGCCAUCCUCAUGGUGGUGUGCUCCUUCAUGGCUCUUCCGUGGUAUGUGGCUGCCACUGUCAUCUCCAUCGCUCACAUCGACAGCUUGAAGAUGGAGACGGAGACUUCAGCACCUGGAGAACAACCGAAGUUUCUCGGAGUGAGGGAACAAAGAGUCACUGGAACCCUUGUGUUUAUUCUGACUGGUCUGUCAGUUUUUAUGGCUCCCAUCUUGAAGUUUAUUCCCAUGCCUGUACUCUAUGGCGUGUUCCUGUAUAUGGGGGUAGCAUCUCUUAAUGGUGUGCAGUUCAUGGAUCGUCUCAAGCUGCUUCUGAUGCCCCUGAAGCAUCAGCCAGACUUCAUCUACCUGCGCCACGUGCCCCUGCGCAGAGUCCACCUGUUCACUUUCCUGCAGGUGUUGUGUCUCGCCCUGCUCUGGAUCCUCAAGUCGACUGUGGCUGCUAUCAUUUUUCCGGUCAUGAUCUUGGCACUUGUAGCUGUCAGAAAAGGCAUGGACUACCUCUUCUCCCAGCACGACCUCAGCUUCCUCGAUGAUGUCAUUCCAGAAAAGGAUAAGAAAAAGAAGGAGGACGAGAAGAAAAAGAAAAAGAAGAAAGGAAGUCUGGACAGUGACAAUGACGAUUCUGACUGCCCAUACUCAGAAAAAGUUCCAAGUAUUAAAAUUCCAAUGGACAUCAUGGAACAGCAGCCUUUCCUAAGUGAUAGCAAACCUUCUGACAAAGAAAGAUCACCAACAUUCCUUGAACGCCACACAUCAUGCUGAUAAAAUUCCUUUUCUUCAGUCACUGGGUAUGCCAAGUCCUCCUAGAACUCCAGUAAAAAUUGUGCCUCAUAUUAGACUAGAACUUGAGCCUGAAGACAAUGAUUAUUUCUGGAGGAGCAAGGG